GCAGGGGGCGGGGCGGCGCUCGGCGUUCCUUGAGCUGCUGCUUGCCGGUACUUUUGGGUUGCGCGCCUUUGCUGGUCUACCCGCUGACCCUCCAGCCGAGCUGCAUGCUGACGGCCUCCUCACCCGCUCGCUCGCCCCUUCCCGCACCGCCCGGCCUGCUCCAGGGUCUUGGAUAUGGAUCUUCUUCAGUUCCUGGCCUUCCUCUUUGUCCUGCUUCUCUCUGGGACAGGAGUCACAGGCACCCUGAGGACCUCCCUGAACCCGAGCCUGGAGAUCUACAAGAAGAUGUUUGAGGUGAAGCGACGGGAGCAGCUGUUGGCGCUGAAAAACCUGGCACAGCUGAAUGAUGUCCACCAGCAGUACAAGAUCCUUGAUGUCAUGCUCAAGGGGCUCUUUAAGGUGCUGGAGGACUCCCGGACAGUGCUCAUUGCUGCAGACGUGGUCCCUGAUGGGCCCUUCCCCCAGGACGAGAAACUGAAGGAUGCUUUCUCCCAAGUGGUGGAGAACACGGCCUUCUUCGGCGAUGUGGUGCUGCGCUUCCCAAGGAUCGUGCACCACUACUUUGACCGCAACUCCAACUGGAACCUCCUCAUCCGCUGGGGCAUCAGCUUCUGCAACCAGUCAGGCGUCUUUGACCAGGGGCCCCACUCGCCCAUCCUCACCCUGAUGGCCCAGGAGCUGGGGAUCAGCGAGAAAGACUCUGACUUCCAGAACCCAUUUAAAGUAGACCGCACGGAGUUCAUUUCCAGCACCGACCCAUUCCAGAAGGCCCUGAAGGAAGAAGAGAAACGCCGAAAGAAAGAGGAGAAGCGGAAAGAGAUCCGAAAAGGCCCACGAAUCUCUCGUUCCCAGUCUGAGUUAUAGGCCUGGAGCAGUCCAGGGUUCAAGGGGUCAGAAGGAGGCCAGUCAAGAGGAAGAGGAGGAGGCAGCAUGGCCAGGAUGCAGUGACAUCGACUGGUGGUGAGAGCCGGUCCCUGUGAGAGGGGAGGCCACAUUUACUUGGCCCCCUGCAGCCGGCUCUGAGCUCCCGCUGAAAGGACUGGGUCGCAGAGGGCUGGAUUUCAUCCCAGGGGCUUCCCUGGAGGAGGCGUCGAGAGGGCCUUUAGAGGAUGCUACGCUGCAAACCUAACCCUGUGGAGAUACUGGGGGAGGCAGGAGGGAUCCUGGGCUGGACCCUCCCCAUGGGUUAGGAAUGCUGGUCAGCUGGCUGCUGGCCCCACUGUGUCACUAAGCCACCAGGCACAGGUCUCAGCCCCCGGCCUUGGCAGAGACAUAAUAAAAGCCAGCCAACCCUCUGCGCUAACUGAGGCUGGUUUGGGCCCCAGGGAUCUGUGCACCCCUCCACAGGACAGGUGACAAAGGGUCUGGGUGGGACGACCAUGGACCCUGAGAGAUGUAGAGACCACCUUAGAGGAUGUUCCUGCCCUAUCAGGAGGAGCCCCUGGCCCUAGCUGGGCAGCAAAGCAGGGACUUGGCUCAGGCCUCCUCUUCCUUUCUUAUCACUGUCCUUGAUGAAGGAUCAGUAUUGGGAAAGGAUCAGAAGUGUCGUGGGAGGGUGUUUAGCUCAAGAUGACCUCAGAGCAACAUGAUCUCUGUCUUCAGAUAUCUGGGGAUAGUCAUUGAGCAGGCACAGGGAAGAGUCAACCUGUCUUCUCUGACAACGCUGGGAGACCCUUAGCCUGUGGGUAGGGGCUGUUGGGGGACAGGCUGCAGCUCUGCAGGGGGAUGUGCUGUAAUCCUCCUGUAAUGGCAGGGCUGCCCCGACCUGGAUUGGUCAGACAGCAAGCUCCCUGUCUCAGGAGUUGUGCAAGCAGAGACCAGUGGCCAUAGGGCAGGGAAGCUUCAGAAGGAGUUAGACCUUGAGUGAGCAGCUGCCAUUCAGUUGUGCCCCUCCCAGGCAGAGGAGGGAGGGGCUCUGGUGGGAAAUCUAGCCCGGCCUCUUUGACCUUGCCAAGCCAGGGUCUGCCUCUUCAGAGGAGAUAGACACACGCCCAUCCCCAGAAUCCCUAGCCCCCCGCAACUGACAAAGCCCAAGGGAGACCUGAGUCUUGCUUGUCUCAGCCCAUCAGACUUGCUGAGUGACCCUGGCCACCCCUUCCCUGUUUUGUGGCUUCACUGGCAAAAUGAAUUUGAUAAUGUCUGAACUCUCUGCCCAGCCCUAAACUGUUUCUCUGAGGCUGGGGCUGGACUUGUCAGUGACAGGUGGUUCUUUGUUUGUCCCAUAGACUUGUUGGGUACCCACUGUAUGCGCAGCCAAAGAGAGGGGCCCAGUCUUACCUGUCUUCACCUCUGCCCCAUCUGGCACCUUCAUCCUCCUGGGCUCUUCCUUCACCACCUUCAGCCUCUCUCCAUCUUGGUCAAUUCCUUCCUCUCUGCCCUCAGAUGGGCCCAAGUUUUCUCAUCUGACACCUUCAAACAAACAAACAGAACCAUUCUGCUUUCCCCACUCUCCUUCCCUUUGCUGCCAUUGUUGACUGUUGUGAUCACUUGUUCGCAGAACUCCACCUUGAGUCUUACUGCAGGCACAACCUGCCCACCUCCCCACCAGGAGCUAUAAAGGCCUGAGGGCACUUCUUUGUCCAGCCUCCUUGCAGCUAGGAUUUAGUUCUGUGACUGAAGUGCCACCAACCAGAUGCACCAGCCUGUGUGGAAGUUGUGCUGGUGGGAGGCAGGGGCCACAGGUACCAGGGGCAGCAGUGGGGACAUUCUGGUGGCCAGAGCCGCACCAGUGGUGCUCAAUGGUGGCCAACAGUGAUGUCUUCAGUGGUGUUUUCAGAGUGCUCUUGGAUGUUGUUUCUUUCUGCUGAGCUUCCAGGCCCAACUUGAGGCAUCCCUGGAGAGUCUGGGAGCUCCCCAAUAUCCUCUAACGCAGGGUUUCUCAACAGUGGCACUGUUUACAUUUGGGGCCAGAUAAUUCUUUGUUGUGUUUGUGAGGAGGGCUGUCCUGUGUGUUGUAGGAUAUUUAGCAACAUUCUUGGCCCCUAUCCACUAAGGCCAGUGGAAUCUCUCAGGACAACAAAAAAUGUCUCCAGACAUUGCCAGAUGUCCCCUGGGGCAAAAUCUCCCUGGUCCUCAGCCCUUUUCCCUCCUUAUCCCAGCCUCACAUCUUCUGCUGUCCCCAAUCACUGCCCUCAGAGAGAUGCUGUUGACAGCUCCUUCUUCUGGAGAUGAUCCUCCCAGGCUUUUGGGCCACUUGUUGUCUUCGUUCUCUACCCUCAGUCUGAGUCUGUUCUGUCUCUUCCUGAUUCCUCCUUCUUCACCUGCCCCUUAAAUGAAGAGUUUUUUUCAGCUUAGUCUGUCCUCUCUGCUCUUUUGUUCUUGGCAGCUGCAUCCUCUAAGACCCCAAAGCUGAUGGUACCUGCCCUGUUGCCAUCUGAUGAUAACCCUCAGUCCUUAUGUUUUAGCUUAUCCAAAAUCUGACUUGUUAUUUCCCACCUCUGAGCCUCACCUCUGUGUUGAACAGUGGGGUACAUGCUCUUGCUUAAUUCUGGAGGAAGUGACACCUGAACUGAAUCCUAAAAGAUUGUGGGAGGAGGGAGAAGGAGACAGGCACUGUGAGCAGAGGCCUAAAAGGGGAGGCGUGAAAGGUAGCAAAUGAAAAAACGUGCAAAGUUCUCUUCUGUGACCUGUAGUCAGUACCCAGUCUGUGGUGGACGUUCCGGACGUAAUGGUUUUCAAAUGAAGAACCGAGGUCCUGACAUGUCUAAGGCUGCUCCACCCCUGAGAGCCAGCCUCUGUUGUCUUCCUGGCCAGGGCAAGUGCUAACUGGAAGAGAUGUUCAGUUAGGUGAGAUCCAGGGUCAAAGGGAGAAUGUCCGUGUUUUUGCUGAGGCUGGGUCUAGUGCAGCCAUCUUUUUUCCGCAGUUUCUACUGAGCCUUCAUUUGUGCCCCCUCAAGCCACUUUACUAGGCACCACAGCCUCUGGGACAGGUCCAGGUGGAAGCCAUGGGAACAGCUGCAGAGUGGGAGGCACUGUGCCCACUUACCUGACCUCCUGGUGCUCAGGCAGCCCUCUGCAGUUGGCAACGGAGGCUCUGGGAUGGGAGGGCACUGGACCAAAGUGAGUCAUAUGGUAGGCUAGCAGUCACUUACCCUACAGGGUGGGGACCCUGUGAGAACCACUGAGGCGCAGUUGAAGAUGGUACUGUCCAGCUCAGUGCCUGGUCCAGAAAACGGCAGCAGGGUUUGGUUUUUUGUUUCAGGGUGAGAUUGGUAUAGCCUACACCAACUCUCCUGCAUGUAAGCAAUGAAGAGAACAUUCUUGUCUUUUUUUUUUUCCAAAAAAUAAGACACUUGAUUUCUUAUGUUACACAUACAUGUUCAUUAUAAAAAGUAAUUUAGACAAUACUGAAAUACCAGUUCAUCCUAAAUCCCACCACUCCCAUGAUCGUGACUAACACUCAGCUGUUGGGCCUUCCAUCCUGUCUGCCCUUCGUGUGAGCACAUAGAUCCCUGUUUUUCAAUACAGUAGCUAUCUGUAUGUGCACUGACUAUAUGCCAGGCUUUAUGCCAAGUGCUGGCUGGCAGCAGAUCAUCUUGCCUCAGGGCCUUUGCCCAUGUUGUCUAUUCCCCUGGCUAUGCCAGAUGCGGUUCUCUCCUCAUAACUUUAGAUUUUAUCUUAAACUCAGAGUUCUUUCCUGACAUCCCAAGUCAGGUUCCUUGUUACAGUUUCAUCACACCCAUUCCUUUCCCUUGAUCAUUUGUACCAUUAUCUAUUACUUAUUUUUAUUUUUGUUUAAUGUCUGUUUUCUUCAUUAGACUGGAAGCUCUCAGAGGGCAGGAACUGUCUUUUUGCCUGCCAGAGAUGUUUAAUAAAUACUGUCGAAUGUGCAAA